UGUCAAUCAUGGGAGCCAUGCCAGACCUGUCCUCUGAUGAGGAAGUUAACGAGGCUAUAUUGGCCAGUCUUGAGAGUCAUCCGACGUCUCAAAAUGACACAUCUGCGAAGGAGGUGCUCCUCGAUCUUGCCUCCAAAAUUAAUAUCCAUGAAAAAUGCAGAUUUAACAUAAACCGUUCUGCUGUGCUUGAUGGUGCUGUUAGAGGUUUCAAGAGACUGUCCUACAAUCCGACCUUCCAAAUGUGUGUCAUGUUCUCGGAUGACUUUGGCGUGGAUGAGGAGGCUGUUGACCUCGGUGGCCCUAGGAGGGAGUUCCUGCGUCUACUUUUGGAGGCCCUGGCACACUCACAGAUGUUUGAGGGAAGGGAAGGAAAAGCCAACUUGGCUUUGGAAAGUUCAGCUUUAAGAAAGGACCAGUAUUUUUUUGCCGGCCAGGCCAUUGCGGUGAGCCUAGUUCAUGGCGGGCCUGCUCCUGGGUUCUGCUCCUAUUCUUUGUACUCCUCCCUGACCGGAAGAUCGCCCAAGCCUGAGAUGGAGGAGAUUGCAGAUUUGGACCUUUAUGCCAAGGUCAAAAAGGUGUCAGAAUGUACAUCUUUAGAUGAAUUGCAACAGGCCACAGAACCACUCACAGAUUAUCUGGCCAAUGCUGGGUGUCUCAGGCCAUUGAAAGGCAUAGAGGACAAAGACCUUUUGGUGGAGGACAUCCUCAUGUUCCAGGUGGUCCAUCGCGUCAGUGGAGCAUUUGAAAGAUUCAGGGAGGGGAUGAAGACCCUUGGUGUGCUUGAUGCAAUAAGAAUGCACCCAGUUGCUUUCAGACCGCUGAUGUGUCACGAGCCAUCCCCACUGACAGCUGAUGUACUAGAAAAUCUGUUUGUUAUUCGACUGUCUGCAGUGGGCAGCAACAGAAGAAGGGCAGAGGAAUGUGUUGUUCCAUUUUGGAGGGACUACCUGAUGGAUAUUGAGGGUAAGUAUUAUUGCUAGUAGGGAUGGGCAUAAUUAAUCGAUGCUCGAUAAUCGAUCGUUAAGAAAUGCGUUGAUCAAUUUAUAUUGUUAUCGAUCAAAAGGACGUUGUGUUGCAUACUGUGAGUCUUGAAGCAUUUAAUUGAAUAUCACUAUGUGGGAGAAAUACCACCCUGCCGACUGGUGGAAAGUGAAUGGAAGAAGGUUCCUGUCAAAGUUAGCACGACAAUACCUCUGCAUCCCCGCAACUUCGGUCCCGUCAGAGCGGGUGUUUUCUGCUGCUGGACUGACAGUUACAAGGCUGCGUUCGCGUCUGACCCGCGAGCAUGUUAACAUGCUUAUAUUCCUAAAUAAAAAUAUGUAGGCUGGAGUUAUGCUAUGGACAGUAGGGACAGUCACCACCGUAUGUGAGUCGCUCUUUUUUUUCUUAAUGUGUUGUCUCUCGCUCCGCUUUUCUUUCUGCUUGGUGCCUCUUGGAGUCGUUACAUUUUGCCAAAACUGUGAUAUUUUAGCAACAAGUUCAGCCUUAUAUAUGUUCAAUAAGGUAUUGCUUUUAGAUAGACUAGUUCAUGCAAUUGUUUGUAAAUGGGUGGCUCAUCUUUUUGUUGCAAGCCUUUUCCGCGCGCCGGCUGCAGCCUAGGCAUUAUAUGUCAGCCUUUUUCCCCCCGUUUUUUCAAAACAGUUAUACCGUUUAAUGCCCACUUUUAGCCUACUGCCUUUGUUUGAUUAUUGUUGUCCGAUAAGUUGGCUACUUAUUGUAAUUGGAAUAGGCUACAGAUUUAGUCUUGUUGAAUCGUUUCCAAACCUUUAAGAGCGCCUGUAGGCGCAUUGUUCGGACUUUACGAGCGCCGCAUAGGCCUAUAACCUAUAAUGCCUGUAUUUAUUAUUUUAAAACUGUUAAACAGUUGUAGGUCUUCAAGUUAACUGUAUUGUAUUAAUGUUGGCCCAUACAUUAUUGUUGGAAUAAAGAUUUCAUUGAUAAAAACAUGCUGCAUUUUCUACCAACGGGAAUUUCAAUAUAGCCUAGAAAAAAGUUAAUGAUUAAUCGAUAAUUGAUCGAUAACUCUAGCGAUGCUCGAUCAAGGAAAUUUCUUCAAAUGCCCAUCCCUAAU